AUGGCGUUCAUCGUUUCUAACACUUUUCUUUUUACCCCACAGCGUCCCACAGCUUUGCCUGAAGAUGAUGUUGCUGCGAUCGUUGCUGCCAUUCAACAAGCACUCGCUGACGCUGUCAAUGGCGGAACCAACGCAAGUUUGUGCAUCCACAUUCACCCAAACCAUUUUCUUUCGAACGGAGGUCUUACAUUCUUGAAUGGACUUGAAGGUACAAUCACAUCACAGUCCAUGCAACACUUGGAGGUGGUCUCGGAUCAAGGAGGACGCAACGUCCUAGUCCAAUUUGUCGGCGGUGGCACUCUUUUUGCGGUGGCUCAUCACGUUGACGACAAUGAGGCUCCAGCUGAAAAAGAAGAACCUACUGGCAAUGAAGAUGAUGGAGACGACAAUGAAGGCAACGGAGAAGAGGGAGACGACAGUAGCAGCGGAAGUAGCACUCGUUUUGAACCGGACGAUGAUUCGGAUGAUUCUUCUGACUUUCGACGGGGCUUUCCAAGGUCUUAG